UAUUUGAUGACAUUUUGCUACUUAGACCAAAUCAUACUUUAAUAAAUAAUUAGAUAAAUUUCGGUCAAAAAAUGUUUUUAUUAUAAAUUUUGUAAUGGUGGAUAUUUCCACGUUGAAAACAAAAUAAUGUUGCCGAAGUUGUUUCAAUGGUUAUUUGUUGGCGGGACAUUUGUUGCACUAUGGAUUGGUCUUCUCCUAGGAUACAUAGACUCCGAUAUAAAUGAUUCAACAAAAGACAUCAUUCUCUUUUUACCAGUGUUUGUGAUAGUUGCCUUUGCGAUGUAUUCCGUGGUUGUCAUAGCUUACAGAGUGGCAACAUUCAAUGACUGUUUACAAGACUCAAUAGAUCUUAAACAAGAUAUAGAGGAUGCCAAAAAGGAUCUAAAGUCAAAGGGAUUCAAGUUUGAUUGACAGCUUGGGCAAUGAGUCAUCAUUAAACAAGUCAUCAAUUCAGGAACAGAUCUGUUUGUUUAAAAUUAAUAUCAUCAUAGCAUCAUGUGUAAUGUGAUGUUCUCUCUUGUCGCAAGUUUACUUUUAUGUAUUAAUUUACCAUACUGUAUAGGUAAAAUAAAACAAGUAUUAGAUUGAAAUAGAUAAAAUUUUUACUGAAGUUAUAUACACUUUUCUAGUGCCUGUAUACCGUACAUUAUGUGACCACUUAUAGAAAAUUAUUGAAAUGUUAGAAUAUGUUGAGCUGUUAAGAUUUACUUUGCAGUUGUGCAAAAACUUUAAUGUAGCCCAUUAUUCAAACAUUUUAAAAGUUAUCAACAUGAAACUUGGAAUUCUUGCUAAUCAGUACCAGGUGCAGUUGUAAGGCAAGGGAGUUAUGUCCCUUUUGACAAAGAAUUUUUAACAGACGAGCAUUAACACCACAUGUAGUGCUUUUGUAGAGAUAUACAUGUACAUGAAAAUAAGAGACAUUUUAAGUUUCUAUGUUGUACUAUAUACUUGUUAUAAUUAUUCUGCUAAGGAAUUUUAGUUUUGUUUUUCAUUUAAGCAUAAGAUUACACAUUAUUUAUUUAGUGAGAAAAAAUAAAUUCUAAUAUACCUCCAAAUAGAAUCCUUUCAUUAAUUUAGUCAAUCAGAUUUUAGAUAUAGAUAUUAUGGUAAAAUCAUGGUAUAUUUUGGCAUUUUUUGGUCUUUCUCCACCAGAUAAGUUGAAAAAUCACCAUAUAACCUUUAUAGUGUUGGUGCAACAUAAAAGAAAAUAUAAAAAAUUACUAUACUCAUGAAUUCCAAAUAUCAUAAAUGAUGUAAUAAAUCAUGUUUAUUUAUUUACAUAGACAAGUACAAGUGUAUAUUGUAUAUUUUUGUAAUGCUCUCAUGUCAAAGUCAGCACAGCGAUGUUUAAUUGUUAUGUAUGAAAUAAUUGUGAUAUUUUCUACAAAUUUGUGUUUAAGUAUGCUAUGUUUAUGCAGAUAGUUUUGUGUUUUGGUGAGUCUAUAUUUUGAGCGAAGACUUUUCAAUUUGUUUUGUUUAUUUAUUUUUGUUAAAACAUGUGUUCCAUAAAGUAUACGCAUUAUUUUUUAAUAUUAAUUAAUUAACAUUAAUUAACUAUUCCUGUACUGUUAAGGUCUAGAUUUAUCUUUAGUUUACAUGCAGCAAUAGUGACUUGUCUAUGCCACCAGGAUAGAGCCUAGCCAGCCUGUACAUCCCCACAGCCUGACUAGAUUUUAUACUAGUGGUUUACUUUAAUGGACAGUUCAAAGUAAUGAUAAAAAUCAGUAACAUAAGGGUUUAGCAUUUUAUGCUCAAGAUAAAAAAUAUAGAUUACACAAAGGGUUGUCAAAGAAUAUAUGGCAUUUAUUUUUAGUCAAUGUGAAAUCUAGCAUGUAGCUGAUGUUAUUUUGUAUAUGAAUUUAUUAAUAAAUAUAGAUAUAUACUUUAGUCUGACUGAUAAAUGUUUGUACAAGAUCCUUUUUUGAUUGAAGUGUUUUUUCUUUCUCCUAAGAAAUCCAUACAUUAAUAAACACAUAAAGUUGUCUAGUAAUUAUAUCCAUGUACUUGUUUGAUAACUUGUAAAAUUUUACUCUUGGAAAUGAAUUUUUAUUAGUUCUUUUGAAACAAAGCAUGCAAAUUUACGGUUUAAAAAUAUGGCCUAUACAUACUUCGGAUUAACAAGAAAUGAACAUUUUAAGUUGAACAGCAUUUAUUUACUUGUUUGCUAAUAUCAUGAAAUUACGUGACAUGAUGGUGUGGGUGCCAAAAUAGUGUGUGCCAUUAUCAUUAUAAUAAUGUAUCAUAAUUAUAUUGAGAGAAUGUUGAACUUAGUUAAGAUAUUUAGUUCUCUACGUCUGGUAAGUAGACAAAAUGCAAGGCCUGUUCCAACAGUAUAGUGGUCAGCAAGCAGGCACAUUCAUGCAAUCUGGUCAUUCUUUAUACAUUAAUAGUCAACUGUUUAAUUCAGUAUUAGUGUUAGUCAUGCUUGCAUAUCUAUGAAGUUUGAACACAGUAUAUGUCUGGCAUCUCAUGUAGUAUUUUGAGAUUGAAAUUCUUUGAAUUAAAACAUGAACAUUCCAAAAUUCAAUGCUUAAACAUUUUAAAAUAAAGGACAAAUUACAUCUGACAUUUUAAUGACAUAAUCCUUUCAUUGUGCAAUCGGAAAACAUUAAUAUUACUUGUUUAAAAAAUUGCCCACAGAGAUUAAUGCAUUCUACAUUCGAAUACUUAUCUUUUCUUCACAGAAACCUGCUGUAUUUCAAUUAAAUUUUCAACAUAUGUCAUUAUUCCUCAAACUGUAAUAACAAAUAAAAGAUGUUAAUGUAAAAGUACACCAAGAAAAGCCUGAAACAUUAAAAAGAUUAAAAACAUUAGGAAAGACCCACGUUUCCAGAGUUCCGAAGUAUCUAUAUUGCACUGCAUGUAUUUGAUUGUAGGCAUUUUUUAGGAAUAAUGGAUUAUUUUGUACAUUUCAUAAUUUCUUAACUGCAGUAUUAAAUGUUGUUUGUAAUGCAAGGUAAAAAUUAAAAAGAAACAGAGAACAUCAUUCCUGUACGGUGGCACAAAGGUGACGUGUGUGUUUUUAUUUAUCUCGUGGCCACGAGAUACUAUGUCGUGGCCACGAGUUACUAAGUCGUGACUAAAAUCUUUAAAAUAAAGAUCAAAUAAAUAUGCAAUUCUAACUGUUCAUUUCUACAUAUUUAAUUAUGUUUAAUUAAAUUCUUUAUUCAGUUUUUAAAGUUUGACAGUGUAAUAGCAAUAUUCAAUAUAAUAUUUUAUCACAUACCCGUGCCGAUUUUGUGAUUCUGUGAAAAUGGUAUUGCACAGCAGUGAAUAUAUUUUUACAUGACAUCAUUUCUGUUAUACAAACAUAGCUUAAAGAUUGGCUAACUGUUAGAAGGCAAUUAAUGAAUUAAUUGAACUCGUUGAAUAAAAUAAUAUUUUGCUUCCCAGAGGCUUGCAUAAUAUAAUUUUAUUCCAAUAUUUUAUCUCAUUGUUUACCCUGAUACCUGUUGAAUGUCAUAUUUUGCUUGUUGUUUUUAUUUAUUCAAUGUGAUGUAUUGAUUUGUUGGCAACAUUGAAUGUAUGUGUAAAUCAUGUAAAUUCUGAUAAUUUAUCUUUUGAACAUAAUGUUAAUUGUUUUCAUCUGUCAGCACAGGUAAUCAAUAUGUCUUACCUUCAUCUGGUGAAUCAUCACAUGUGAUAAUUACACGUGAUAAUUAUAUAAUCAAUUAUUGUAUACAUUUUUUGAUGAAAUAUUAUCAAUUUAUUGUUUAUAUUUUUUGACUGGAUAUGUUACAAUCCAUUAUUUUUCCAAUGGCCGUGCUAAUUAAGUUUGGUUGAAUCAAAUGACAUUGAAGAUAUAAUCAUCUUUCUUCUAAAUUUAUAUACAAAAUGUAGCCCGGGGUUCUAUGAUAUCACGGUACUUAACGUUUAUCGGGAAAUAUUCAAAUAUAAAUAUCAUACAUGAAUGAGAUUUUUCUUCUAUCUUAUUUAUAAGUGAACCUUUUCCAGAACUGUUUGUCAAAAAAUUAUUUCAAAAGAACCAAUUUAAAUGACCUUUUUAAACUAUUUCCAAUGUCGGCCAUAUUGGUUAAAUUCAGAGGAGGUUAAUAUGGUAUCACGGUAAUCCCCAAAAAAUCAAGUAUGGAAGGAUAGAUUGGUUAAAACUUUCAAGUUAAGUUGUGAAAAACCUCCAACAGUUAUCUUGCUAUAAAAUUCAAACUAUAUGAACAGAAGAUAUGUCAGAAUAUGUGAUUAAAACAUAUUUUUAUUGACUGUGUAAAAACAUUUAAGGGAAAUAGGAGUCAAAUAUGAAGAUUUUAUAAAAUAGUUUUCUUUCCAUGAAUAUAUUUGUUAUUCAUAAAAUUUAAUUUAUUGGCAGAUGAAAAUAAAUUUAGUUAGCCAGUUUAAAAAAUAUUAGCAUCAUUGUGUGUUGCUUUUACUAGCAGUCAAAGAAAAUGUAAAUACUCUGAUUAGUGAUAUCAUAGAUCCCGUGAUAUCAUAGGAACUGAGUAUAUCAAUAUAAUUGUUGUACAGAUUAAGAGUUUAACCAAGUACCUGUUCUUGAUCUGAUGUGAUGAGUAGUAAUUCCUUAUACAUGUACAUGAAGUCGGUGAAAUUUUAUCAUAUACAUGUAUCCAGGUUUAAGGUUUAUAAAAUAUAGACUUUGUUUAAACCCUUAUAGGAAACUAAAUAAGUCUGACUUUUUCCAGGCAUAAGAGAAUUGUAAGCCCACCUCAAACAUAUUUUUAUAGACAUUUCAGUAUGCUGUUGAUUGUAUUCAUUAUUGAUUGAAUCGAAGAAGCGAUAUUGUAAAAUACUCAGUUGUAAUUAUUAGUGCAAAUAGUUGAUACAUUUAUCUUAUGUUAAGAUUUUUUGACAUCACAGAAUACAGAGAGGUUCAAUGAUUGAAAUUAUUCUGGUAUAGCUAAUUUGAACUUUUUAUAGCUCAGUAAAAAAAACUUGAUUGGGAAUUUAAGUCGCCACUUUGUCAUUCCUUUCUGCCAACAUCCAACAUUUUAACCAUUUCUCCAAGUACUUUCAUUCACCAAUGUCUCACAAACUUGGUAUGUUGGUACAAUCAAUUUAAUUCUUCCCUUGGGUUGGGAUUUCUAUUAAUUUGGUCAAGGUAAUUCAGGCAUCAGAAUUUUUUUAAGAUUUUGUUUAAUACUACAUUAUUGAUUUGUGAAAAUUAAGCCUCUCUGUUGAACAUCCUGGCCCUUUUUUAGAUGAUUGAAAAAUGGCACUUUUCUUAGUUAAGUAACAUUAUGAAUGUUGCUUGUUUAUGGUGUACACAUUUUACAUUUAAGAUGUUGUCAAGUAUAAUUUAGUUACUAUUUAUAAAUGUGUUUUAUUAAUGGUGCAGGAAAAGAAAUAAAAAUAUGAAAAA